AUGCUUUACCAGCUCCAGGAAGUCCGUGUCAAAGCUCCUCAACGGCUCCGCUCCGCCCCAUUCUGCCGCGUCCCCAGCCUUUUCACAGGGGAGGUGCCGGAGUGCGAUGGCAAGCGACCAGCCUGCUCUCCCUGCGACGGCGCCAGCGUCAAAUGCACUUAUCUCAGUGAAAACCCCGAGGAGACCAGAACCUCAGCUACCAAGCGCAAGUACGACGAGGUCGCCUCUCGACUCUCUCAGUACGAGGAACUUUGGACCCUUUUACAGACCAGAAAUGAUCAAGAUAUCCAAGAGAUUGUGCGUCUCAUCCGCGAGAAAAAAGAUGCCGAAUGGAUUGUCCGAUACGUCCGUGGCGGCGACCUGAUCAAACAAACGCGUGUUUCCCCGGAGACGAGAUUUCGCUACGCCUUCCCUGACUUCGCCAACUGGCCGACGCUCUUUCAUGACCCCGAUGAUCCUUACCUAAAGGCUCAGAUUUUCGAUAUCUCGCUACCUCGGACCAGACCAACACUUCCUGACCCUCGAGGAUUCGCGUCUGCUGAAAGCACUCCUACUCUGCGAGGGGCAACUAUUCGAAAAGUUUACCCAGAAUUUGUUUACGAGGUUCCUUAUCAUGCUGCCGCGGUCCAUGAUCCUCGCAUCUCUUGUGUCAAAGCGUCUAUGUGGACAAGCGUGACCAGUGACGACGACCUUGUGAGGAAGCUCUUGGGUAUUUACUUCCAGUUUGAGUACCCGAGGAAUCGAUUCUUCGCAAAGGAACCUUUCUUAGACGACUUGGCCAACGGCGAGAUGAGAUUUUGUUCUCCUUUGCUGGUCAACGCUAUACUCGCAAAUGCCGCUCAUGGACUGCAAGAUGACACUCAGCGCGUGGCAUACUGGACUCCUCAAUCCUUGUCGUAUCUUUUCCUUGCGGAAGCGAAGAGUCUCUGGGACACAGAGUGCCAGCGGGAACCUUCACUGCCUACCAUUCAAGCAGCAAUGGUUCUUAGUUUGCGCUACGGGGCAGACGGUAACGAUAAACUGGGAGAUCCUCUCCUCCAGCAAGCAGUAGCGAUUGCAGAGCACAUGGAGCUCUUUACCCGAUAUGACUCGAAAGAUCCGGUGUUGAGCAAAGUCCGCGCUUUCACUGCAUGGUCUCUUUUUAGCUGGCAAGCAGUGGCCUGCUAUCAUAAUAUGAAAGCUCCAUAUGUCUCCGAGCCGCCCUCAUUUGCCAGUCCAGAUCUCAAUACGAUCAGCGGCCUUACGGGAGACAUAUAUCUGAGAUAUCCAGGUCAGGGGGCGAUGAUACAAUCAUAUCUUGGUUCAAGUGUCAAGGCAGAAACCGAACUACAUUGUAUCAUGCAGGACAUAAACGUUGAGUGCCGCAGGGCCGGCGUUCUCGGAAACAGUCCGCCCGCUCUACAGAGUGCUGUCGGGUUUUACACCCGGCUUGAUAAGUGGUUCCAGGAACUUCCCGAGGAGCUUCAGCCCCAUAAUAUUGUGAUGCCACAUCAACUACAUCUUCACAUGCAGUAUUACACAGUCUUAAUCCAGCUCUUUGAGUCCUGGACCAGCAAUCCAGCAGCCAUCUUCAACGGUCGCACGGCUCAAGACAUCGCCCUGAUCGCGCGUGCCCGUCUCGAAACCCUCAUCCGAAUCUAUUACCUCCGCCACAGCUUCACCCAUCUCGAUAGCAUUCUUGUCUUGUACCUCUUGCUCCUCGGAUCGAUUUCCCUUCGUCUGAUCGCUCCUCGUCGUUCCUCUUCUCCAUACCCGAGUAACUUGCUGGCUCUUACCGAUGCCCCUAGCUCUUCAACCAGCCCGGGUAGUAGCAGACACAGCAGCCCUUCAACAACAGUGACUCAAGACCAGUCGAAACGCUCACCCAAUUCCCAGACCGAGGGUCUCUCGAGUGAAAACAGCCCGCCACCACCAACUACAACAUUCCUCCUCUGCGCUCAGGGCCUGCGCGACCAGGGACAGAACAAUUACCUAGGUAUGAUGAUGUUCAACAUCUUGUACAAUCUCGCCAAAAAGAUCAAACCCAAUCUGUGCAAGGACUUAGACAAUAUCAAGUUGAGUUAUACGUAUGAUCCAGUAGAGAAGAGAGCGCAAGAUAAGGCUAAGCUUGGGGAUGUGGUCAAGGAUAUUGAGAUGCAGUGGCCUGUGUUUAGGUGGGUGGAUGAUAAGUGUAAGGGGAUGGGCACUGUGUUGAAGGAGUUGGAGAAGCUUAGUAUUGAUGAGCAAGAAGAGGGGGAGCAGCAACAAAAGCAGAAAGAAGUGAAAGAUCUGAAUGAGGCUGAGCUAGAAGAGGAACUGGGGGUUUUGCCGGUUAGGCAGGUUGUGGAUCGGUAA